UGGAGGGUCAGAGGUUCUUUGGGGGCGGGUCGGUACAGUUCUCAGACUCAAAUACUGGGUGCUGCUGGGGAGGGAGGUGCGAAGCUGCUGCUGCGGUGCAGAGAGGAGACGGAGGCGCGACGUGGAAAGGCAGAAUGGCAUUUACGCGUUUUGUAAUCCAGCACAUGAAGCCCAGUUCCAACACGGCACCGACCAGGCUGUCCGCUUUCAGGAGGAUCUGACGCUGACAUGUAGGAGAACAAGUCAACUUUUUUAUGAAGAAGAAGAAGAAGUGAUCGUCAUGGACGGAGGGUUAACUAUCACUUUAAUUUCUGUUGCGAUGUUUAUAGGCUGUUUUCUGCUUGGAUUCAUUCCGCUGUUAUUCAAGCUGUCUGAGAAAAGCCUGAAGUUCGUCUCCAUCCUGGGGGCAGGACUCCUGUGUGGGACAGCCCUGGCCAUAGUCAUCCCUGAGGGAGUGGGCUUACUGGAAGAGUCAUGGAGAGCGUCCUCCUCCUCUGAUGCGCCCUCCGAUCUGAACUCCUCUGAUAAAAACGUCACCUCCGCAGAAGAAGGCCCCCCGCCUCGCUUCUUCAUCGGCGUCGCUUUAACUUUCGGGUUCACCCUCAUGUUUGUCGUGGAUCAGAUCGGCAAUUACCUUUCCAUGCGAGACCAAUCAACUUGUAACCGCGUCGGCAUCACGGCUACUUUGGGGCUGAUUAUUCAUGCUGCAGCUGAUGGAUUUGCUCUGGGUGCAGCAGUGUCCACGGGUCAAGUGUCGGUGCAGGUGAUUGUGUUCUUUGCUGUAAUUCUACACAAGGCUCCUGCUGCUUUUGGUUUGGUCUCCUACCUGAUGCACACAGGCCUUGAAAAGAAAUACAUCCAGGGACAUUUACUCGCCUUUUCUGCUGCAGCGCCUCUAGUCGCCAUCCCCACUUACUUCAUAUUACACGCGUCUGGCAGCUCAUCUCAAAACCAGCUCAGUGCGACAGGUGUGGGGAUGCUCUUCUCAGCGGGGACGUUUCUCUACGUGGCCACCGUGCACGUCCUCCCUGAGGUCAGCAGCGGAGCGGAGCACCCCCUCUCAGACCUCCCCCCCUCAGACCUCCAGCAGCAAACAGGAGCCGAGCCCCACAAGCAUCGACACCUGGGGCUCUUAGAAAGCCUCACCCUCAUCCUCGGGGUCGGCCUUCCCGUGGUGCUCGCUCUCGGCCUUCAUGACGACUGACAAAAGGAACGCCAGAGCAAAUAAGUCAAGUGAGGAGAGACUGAGCAGCCCACGCCUUGAAGGAACACUGUGAGCACUUUACACUGAACAGGGUUUGAUUCCUGUACAGCUUUCCCACAGUAGAAAACAAAAAGCAGUGUUUACACCAAAAAAUGACGAGGAACUGUGAGUCCGAUUCAUUUUAUUUCUGGGGACAAAAAUGUUCCUCCAGCAGGUCGGAAGAACACGUGAAGAUAAGGCAGAUUAAUGUGCUGCAAGUGCAAAACUUCACACCUGUUUGAAGAGGUCACACCCGUUUAAUUUAAAACUGUCACAGGUCAUUACACAUUGCCCAAAGAGCCCCAGUAGAGAAGCACAAACAUGCAUUCAUACACCUUAUUUAUAAGAAACGACUACCCCCCAAAAGCUUGACUUUUUGCCAGGGUAUAAAAAGUCCCAGGAGUUCCACUAGGAGUGUUCUGAGGUCAUCUUUUGUUUGUGUUUGUACGCGAGGGAAUCUGAUAGCUGAUGUAUUGUUCAAUAGAAUGAAAAUCCAUCUCAAGACUGACAAAAGACAAGUGUGAACUUGUUGCCAAGUUUGAGUUUAACAAACCCUCUAUUUGUGCUUCGUCAUGUCUAACAGGAUGUGCCAUGUGUAACAGUGAGAUGACAGUAAGUGGAUCAAUUUACAGGAACAACCACUAAACCUGAUACAUCGUGUCACCCAGAAAAUGAGGUCGUUCGUUUUUAAAAUAAUUCCUCUUUGUUUGCACAGUCAGUAAAACAAAUCCAGCAGCUCUGAGUUGUUAAACUGUAAAAACUACGUCUGUGUUGAAAUCUACUGUGACAGAAACAGACAACAGUGGACUUCUAAAGAUGGUCUCUCCCAUCUCAAAUGUUUCACUGAGUUUAUUUCACAUUUACUGCCCCCAUGUUCCUCUCUCAGAGGGUUGUUAAGAGUUUGCAGAAGUUCACACAAGAUAAUAAAAACAUUCCAGCUCUUGUUAC